AGAGCGAAGAAGCAAGAGGAUCUUGAUGAGAUCGACGUCAUGCGAUUUAAGUUGAGGGUGAAGGAUGGAUUUGCGGUUGUCUAAAGCAGCAUGGAAACCUUUCAGGAUCAACUUUGAUGCGCACGUCAUCGCAUCGCGAAAACAUAGGUAAUAUAUUGAAGAAGCCCGCCUUGCGCAUAGGAUCGAAGCAGCUUGCAUGUACGAAGUGCAGCUAGCCAGCCGUGCACUCCAGGUUCGGAAUGAAAAACUGCAAAAGCGUCACAGGAUUCUCUCCAUGCUACUCACUGUGGAACACGUCAGUAAAUAUCUUAGACUUUGCCGUCAAAGACAUCCCGGCACCACUGAAUGGACCAAAAGCACCGCCCAAUACUCUAAUCUGUUGUCCAACAAGAUUCUGGCUGUCUUUACGUUUGUGGAAUGCCGGGUUCUGGGAAAUCAGUUCUCUCAGCGAGUAUUGUGGAGUCACUCAAUGCCUCAUAUGGCGCCAGUGCCUGCGUUAUAUGCCAUUUACUAUUGCGAUUUCGCGGACACAGCAUCGUUGGACUCCUAUUUUUCUGUUGCGGUAGUUCAAACAGCUGAGGAAGAGGAGACCGAAAGUUAGCCAUCAAGAAGGGUGAUUUAAGGGCAAUCGAUCGGCGAUGCACUGUUGCGUUCAUAAGUCUGUCAAAUGACUAAACUAUUGAGCCAGAGUUCAGACGACCGCAGAAGGCGAAACUACGAUCUGGAUGGCCAUGGGUGUGCUGCCUGUUCCUCGCGUUCAC